CGCACAGACCGAUUCCCCAGCCAGGGUGUGAGACGUGUAGAGAUACAAAGGAGGUAGAGAAGGGCGGAAAGUGCAAAGUUUGUGGACUGAGACUGAGAAGAGCCAGUAAGAGGAGAAGAAAAGGAGCGCAGUGGCUGUGAGAAAAGAGAGAUAGUCAAGUAGAAGAAGCAUAAAGGGCGAGAGAAAGGAGGAGAACCGAACAAGGAGAGGGAGGCCAAUCAGGGAGCCAGCGAGGAGGGAAGCAGCAGCCAGGGACAAGUUGCAUCUGUGUGUGUGAGGUCAGCAGCAGCAGUAUGUCUCUCUCGGUGCCUCAGAACGGAGUGCAGGCGGACAAAGACAACCUCAUCGAGCUCUUUGUUAAGGCUGGGAGUGAUGGUGAGAGCAUUGGCAACUGUCCCUUCUCACAAAGACUGUUCAUGAUAUUGUGGCUAAAAGGUGUUGUAUUCAACGUGACAACUGUUGAUUUAAAAAGAAAACCAGCAGAUUUGCAAAAUCUUGCACCAGGAACACACCCGCCAUUUAUAACCUACAAUCAUGAAGUGAAAACUGAUGUGAAUAAGGUAGAAGAGUUCCUGGAAGAAGUGCUAUGUCCUCCAAAAUAUCGCAAGUUAGCAGCAAAGCAUCCAGAGUCCAACACUGCUGGCAUGGACAUAUUUGCCAAAUUUUCAGCCUACAUUAAGAAUUCUCGACCAGAAAACAAUGAAGCACUUGAGAGAGGCCUUCUGAAAACCUUGCAGAAGCUUGAUGACUAUCUGGAUUCCCCUCUGCCCGAUGAAAUUGAUGAGAACAGCAUGGAUGAUAUCAUACAAUCCAAUCGCAAGUUCUUGGAUGGGGAGGAAAUGACUUUAGCUGAUUGCAACUUACUGCCAAAACUUCAUAUCAUCAAGGUGGUAACCAAAAAAUACCGGGGGUUUGAAAUCCCCAAAUCCAUGGCUGGGAUCUGGCGAUACCUGAGCAAUGCAUACAGCAGGGAUGAGUUCACCAACACAUGCCCAGGAGACCGGGAGAUUGAAAUAGCCUACGCUGAUGUAGCCAAGCAGCUUGCCAAGUGAACUGUAUACGGAGACCACAUUGAGGCCUUAAUAUUUUUUUUUUUAUGUUUUUUUCACAAACAUUGUUCUUUUCUGGAGACACUUGGAGAAAAAUAACCUUUUUUUAAUGUUUUUAUGUAUAGUAACUUCUUGAAACCCAUCCAAAAAUGAUGAAGGCAUUUCUUUGGUAAAAAAAAUUGGCCUGACAAAAUAUUUAUUGAAUUAAAAUAGUUAUCAAUUUAAAGUGUUAAAUCCCCUUUCGGUUUGGGGUUAGUUGAACAGUUCUUACAGUUAUAAUUCCUUUCAUUUUUCAAAUUGAAAGUAAUGGAACACCACCUCCUGAAGAGUUACCAGCAGUAAUGUGCCAUACAAACCUGUAAAAUGACAUAAAAAAAAACAACAAAAAUGAGUUCAACCAACGUUAAUCUGCUCAAUAACUCUGAAGACCAUGGGAUGAAUUCACUAAAGGGUGAAUUUUCGCCUGAGAAGGCUUUUCCACAUUUCGCCAGCUGUUUCACUAGCGUAAAUUCGUCAGUGCGAGCAUUUCAUAGCAAACUUUUGCUAACGUUCAUUAUUGCCUAGUGAAACUUCGUUAGUACACUUACACUUAGGUCAAUUUGAAUAGGAUAUACAGGUCGUAUGCCUAUACUUGAGCAAAGAUACAUAUCACAUCAGGAUUCUAACAGGCACAUAUUGGACAGCCCACUCUCCCCCCACUGAACUUUAAAAUAAUUCAGAAACUGGAAAAAAAAGCAGCUGCACAGAGAAGGAGUAGUGAGAUAAUGCUGAGGUCCACAGGGUAGGUGGGCCAGUCCGACACUAGGGGGAAGGACUAGAGUUAGGGAAUUGCAGGAGUGGUGUUUGAGGCUCUCUCCCUUCUCAUUUGUUGCCCCCUCCCUUCCUUCCUCUGCCUUUAGCCUCACCUCUCUCCCUCUCAAAAUCAGCCAGCUCUGGGACAAGGCUCACGUGAAAACUUGCUCCUCACCUCCCAUUGCCCAGCCGUCUGUGAUAGCAGUCAUCACGGCUCCGGCAGGCCCCUGGUAGUAAUGCCACUGCAGCCCACUUGUACAAAAAAUAGAGCGGCCCCUUGGGAUUUUGCCCGAACGGACAGAUUGCCAGUUCGGGGCUGGUAUAGACGUCUUUAUUAGAGAUGUUGGUGCAAAUGCUUGAAGUGGCCACUUAUUAACAAAAAUGUCCAAGGAAGCAAAAUAAAGACAAAAGAGAUCUAAUGUCCUAGACAUGAGCCCACCCUACAACAAAUGUGGCAUGCCCCUCAAAUGGUUAAAUCAAAAAAUUUUAACAGUUACAACUUUUAAAUCACACUUAAAAAUAUGAAAAAAAUGCCAGCUUUUUUUAUUUUUAUGGCUCUUCUGCAUACAUGAUAUGAUGUCACUGACACAAGAUUGAGGAGGAUGUAGCUUCAUCUUAUCGGUUUCGCCAGGUCUAAGCUGGUGAAGGAAAUUCUGGCGAAAGGGGUAACAUAAUGUAAAAUUCACACUUUAGUGAAUUUGCGGAGUAACGUUCAUUCGCCUGAGCAAAAAUUCAUCUGACGAAAUGAAGCGAAACAUAGCUAGCGAUGUACUCUUUCGCUAGCGUCUUCUACGCCUGUAAAUUGGCGAUGUCCUUGUGGAUCGGAUUUCUGGGGACGGGCACUUCGCCCUUUAGUAAAUCUGCCCUAUGUCUCUGGUCAAUGAAGGAUUGAUACUGUUCUUCCGUAAUAUAUGGUUUGGAUUGAUGCUGAAAUAUACCUUUUCUAUAGCCACUGGUAGGUCCAAAAUUGGCCUUGGCAUUUCAAGGCCCAAACAGCCGCCACAGGCCCAAUUAAUAGUUCCAGUCUAUGGCAUCUUACAGCAGCCUCUCUGACAUGAGACAAAAUCUGUAGAUUACCAGUCUGGGUUUGCUUACUGGUUCCUGGCAGCAAGUGAAGUAACUAAAGGACUAUAAAGGAGACAUUCUGAGUAUUCUCGCUGAUCUCAUAGAUUCAUCUGAAAGCCAGUUAUGGUGAGACAUGGGGUGAAUAGGUAUUCAUAUGCUUAUUCUGUAUGGGGGGGUAUCUAAUUUUCAUUUACCCUGCUGAUAAAUUUAAUGUAGGAAUCUGCAACAAGCAUCCAUUGCCUAAUUAGACCUACCAGCUAGAGUAUAGUUCAGUAACAACUCAAGGGCCACAGUUUGCAGAUCACUUGUCUAUUGGGUUCCUCUUGAGUCAUUUCAGAAUAGGUAUCCCAGUUCUGAGUAUAUAUACAUUUGUUGGUGUUAAACCCCAGAUAAAUAAUGUUAAAGAAAUUAGUGAAGCAAACAUGUUUUGGUUAAUUAACCUAAAAUCCAAAAGUCAGGUGUUCCCAUGCAGAAGCUAAAAAAUGGCCUCACUUAUACCUGUAGCAAACCAGGCAAGCAGAUCAGUGCUGCAAUGUACGGUCACGCUGCAGAAAUGACUCUUGAUCCGCCUGUAACAGCUUGUAUUACUGUCAGUACCAGAACUGGUAUUGCUUGCUCCUCUUUUAUUAACACUACAAGCAUUUCUUGCCAUUUAGCAUCCAAUAGUAUAGGAUAUAAAUCUUACUGAAUUAUAUCUAUACAGUCUGUACUACAUAUUAUUUUUUUGUUUUAGCUAAUUCAUGAAAAAUGGUUAAAAUUUAUUGCAGUAAGACUGAGGCAAUUAUCUUAGUUUAACAAUCCGCUUUUUUGUAUCAUUAUUUUCCUCCGUUUUAUGUUCUGAGUAUUAAUUAAAGAUUUAUUUCAGA